CAGAACCACCACCUGUAGACCGGAAACUGCUGCCGGAUUCUUCCCUGAAUUCCACAGUAUUCCACCGGAGGUGGCACUGUUUAAUCUGGUCUGCUGUUGUUGGAUGCCGGUGGAGGAUGUAAGAAAAAUUAGUUAGGGUUUAAGAAGAGGAAAAAAAAAAAAACAACAGAAGCAAGAAAGAAGAAGAAUAAGAAGGAGGGUAUUUUAGGCAAUUAACAUAAACUGGGGAAGUGUAUAAAGUAUGGAGGGGCUUAUAGAACACUUCUUGGUAUGUGUUUCCGUUGGGCCGCAGAAGGCGAAGUCUUCGUCUUGGGCCAGCCCGUGGUUUGAUGAAGUAGGUUCGGUAAAUGGAACGAGUCCCGCCCUUUCUCCAUUUUUCCAUUUUCCUCGCAGUGAAGAAAGAGCAUAAAGAGAGAGAGAGAGCUCUGAGACUGAGUCUGAGUCCGAGUGUGAGUGUGUCUCCGGCGACGGAGCUUGAUCGGACGGCGAAGAAGUACGGUGGAUAUGUGAAGUAGAGACGGAGAAGAAGAAGAAGAAGAAAAGGAAAAAUGAGUACGGUGGAUAAGAUGCUAAUAAAAGGGAUACGGAGCUUUGACCCUGAGAACAAGCACGUCAUCACCUUCUUCAGACCCUUAACCCUCAUCGUCGGUCCCAACGGUGCUGGCAAAACCACCAUAAUUGAGUGCUUGAAGCUCUCCUGCACCGGCGAGUUGCCUCCCAAUGCCAGGUCUGGCCACAGUUUCAUCCAUGAUCCCAAGGUUGCUGGGGAAACUGAGACAAAAGGACAAAUAAAACUGCGAUUCAAAACGGCAGCUGGUAAGGAUGUGGUGUGUAUUAGGUCCUUCCAGCUUACCCAGAAAGCAUCAAAGAUGGAGUUUAAAGCUAUUGAGAGUGUGCUUCAGACUAUCAAUCCUCACACUGGAGAGAAGGUUUGCCUUAGCUAUAGAUGUGCUGACAUGGAUAGGGAAAUCCCUGCUUUAAUGGGUGUCUCCAAGGCAAUUCUGGAAAAUGUUAUAUUUGUACACCAAGACGAGGCCAAUUGGCCAUUGCAAGAUUCUUCCACUUUAAAGAAAAAGUUUGAUGAUAUCUUCUCUGCUACCAGAUACACAAAGGCAUUGGAGGUGAUUAAAAAACUUCACAAGGAACAAGCUCAAGAAAUAAAGACCUACAAACUGAAAUUGGAGCAUCUUCAAACAUUGAAGGAUGCUGCAUAUAAGCUUCGUGAAAGCAUAUCUCAAGAUCAGGAAAAAACAGAAUCUUUGAAAGGUCAGAUGCAGGAGUUGGAAAGAAAUAUCCAAGAUGUGGAUGCCAAAAUUCAUAAUGCUGAAGUAACAUUAAAAGAUCUGAGGAAGCUGCAGGAACAGAUAUCAACCAAGACUGCUGAGAGGAGCACUUUGUUUAAGGAACAACAGAAACAGUAUGCAGCCCUUGCAGAGGAAAAUGAAGACACCGAUGAAGAAUUGAAAGAAUGGAAAACCAAGUUUGAAGAAAGAAUUGCACUUUUGGAAUCUAAAAUUAGCAAGUUGGAGAGAGAAAUGAAUGACUCAGAGACUAAAAGUUCGUUCCUUAAGAAAACAAUCAAUGAACAUAUCUGGGAGAUAAGCAAGCUUCAAAUGGAAGCUGAAGCUCAUACGUCCUUGAAGAAUGAACGAGACUCUACUAUUCAAAAAGUUUCUGCAAGCCAUAAUUUAGGUUCUGUUCCAAAUCCUCCCUUCAGCAAUGACGUUGCUUUGAGCCUCACAAAUAGAAUUAAAUCAAGAUUGAUGGAUCUUGACAAGGAUUUGCAGGAUAAGAAGAAAUCUAAUGAAACCGAACUCAAGACAGCUUGGGAUUGCUACAUGGAUGCAAGUGACCGUUGGAAAAAUGUUGAGGCUCAAAAGCAGGCUAAAGCGGAAAUAAAGAGCGGCCUUUUGAAACGUAUUGAAGAGAAGGAAAAUGAACGUGAUUCAUUUGAACUUCAAAUUUCAAAUGUUAAUCUUUCUCAUAUUGAUGAGAAAGAGAAAAACAUGCGAAUUGAGGUUGAAAGAAAGACAAGCCAGCUUGCUGACAGAGAAUUUGAAUCAAUCAUACGCCAAAAGCAGAGUGAGUUAUAUGGCAUAGAGCAAAAUAUAAAGGCUGUUAAUCGAGAGAAAGACAUCAUGGCUGGGGAUUCUGAGGACAGAGUAAAACUUUCUCUGAAGAAGGCAGAAUUGGAGAACCAUAAAAAGAAGCAAAAAAAGAUAAUUGAUGAAUACAAGGAAAAAAUAAAAGGAGUGCUGAAAGGGAGGCUUCCUCCCGACAAGGAUUUGAAAAAAGAAAUUACUCAAGCCAUGAGGGCUGUUACAAUGGAGUUUGAUGACGUGAACAACAAAUCUCGUGAAGCUGAGAAGGAGGUGAAUAUGUUGCAGAUGAAAAUACAAGAAGCUAAUAGUAACCUUUCCAAAUUUCGUAAAGAUAUGGAAUCUAGGAGGAGAUAUAUCGAGUCAAAGCUCCAAGCCUUGGAUCAACAAACCUAUACUAUUGAUUUCUAUGUUCAAGUCUUGGACUCGGCUAAGGAGAAAAGAGAUGUCCAAAAAAGCAAAUACAACAUUGCAGAUGGUAUGCGACAAAUGUUUGAUCCUUUUGAGAGAGUUGCCCGUGCUCAUCAUAUGUGCCCUUGUUGUGAGCGUUCUUUCUCUGCGGAAGAGGAAGAUGAGUUUGUUAAAAAGCAAAGAGCGAAGGCUGCAAGUUCAGCUCAACAUAUGAAGGUGCUGGCAGUGGAGUCCUCCAAUGCUGAUUUGUACUUUCAGCAGUUGGACAAGCUUCGUGUGGUUUAUGAAGAAUAUAUGAAAAUUAAAGACGAAACAAUUCCAAGCACAGAGAAAGAUUUACAUGAGUUCACUGAAGAGUUGGAUCAAAAGUCUCAGGCCCUUGAUGAUGUGCUAGGUGUUUUAGCUCAAGUAAAGGCAGACAAAGACUUAAUUGAGGGCUUGAUGCAACCCGUUGAAACUGCUGAUAGGUUAUUCCAAGAAAUUCAGAUGUGGCAGAAACAAGUUGAUGAUUUGGAGUAUAAGCUUGAUUUUCGAGGGCAGGGUGUAAAGUCCAUGGAAGAUAUUCAGUUGGAAUUGAAUACUUACCAGAAUACAAAAGAUAAUUUGCAUAAUGAACUGGAGAAGCUAAGGGAUGAACAAAGGUACAUGGAAAAUGAUCUAUCAAACCUUCAAAUACGGUGGCACAGUCUCAGGGAGGAGAAAGUCAAAGCUGCUAAUGUAUUGCGAGAUGUCAGAAAGGCAGAAGAAGAGUUGGAGCGUUUGGCCGAGGAAAAAAGUCAAGUUGAUUUUGAUGAAAAGCAUUUGGCAGAGGCUCUUGGGCCUUUAUCAAGGGAGAAAGAUAAAUUAUUGAGUGACUACAAUGAACUCAAAGUUAAACUUAACCGUGAAUACGAGGAACAAGCUGAAGAAAAAAGGCUUUAUCAGCAAGAGUUUGAUUCACUACUUAAAAUGACUUCUAAAAUAAAAGAAUAUUAUGAUUUAAAGAAAGGAGAAAAGUUGAAGGAAUUGCAAGAAAGGCAAUAUCAGUCAGAAUCUCAGCUAAAAAGUUGUGACGCUAGAAAGGAGGAUAUUUUAGCUGAACUAAACAAAAGUAAAGACUUGAUGAGGAAUCAAGAUCAAUUAAGACGAAAUAUUGAGGACAACUUGAAUUACAGAAAGACAAAGGCUGAAGUAGAUGCGCUUACCCUUGAAAUUGAAUCUUUGGAAGACAGAAUACUGAAGAUUGGUGGGAUUUCCACAUUUGAAGGUGAACUUGUAAAGCUUUCACAAGAAAGAGAGAGACUUCUUUCAGAGGUAAACAGGUAUCAUGGAACGAUGUCUGUUUAUCAGAGCAAUAUUUCAAAGAAUAAAAUUGAUCUUAAACAAGCGCAAUACAAGGAUAUUGACAAACGGUACUAUGAUCAGCUAAUUCAGCUCAAGACAACAGAGAUGGCAAAUAAGGAUCUGGACAGAUAUUACAAUGCACUUGACAAGGCGCUCAUGCGCUUCCACACAAUGAAAAUGGAGGAAAUAAAUAAAAUUAUAAGGGAGUUGUGGCAGCAAACAUACAGAGGACAGGAUAUAGAUUACAUUUGUAUCCAUUCUGAUUCUGAAGGAGCCGGGACUCGCUCAUACAGCUAUAAGGUUCUUAUGCAGACUGGUGAUGCGGAGCUGGAAAUGAGAGGAAGGUGCAGUGCUGGUCAAAAGGUCCUUGCUUCCCUUAUCAUAAGGUUGGCUCUUGCGGAAACUUUUUGCCUCAAUUGUGGAAUACUAGCACUGGAUGAACCAACAACAAACUUGGAUAGCCCGAAUGCUGAGAGUCUUGCUGCAGCACUCCUUAGAAUUAUGGAGGAUAGAAAGGGCCAGGAGAAUUUUCAGCUCAUAGUAAUUACUCAUGAUGAGCGUUUUGCUCAACUAAUUGGCCAACGCCAGCAUGCAGAAAAAUAUUACCGGGUCACAAAGGAUGAUCACCAACACAGCAUAAUUGAAGCCCAGGAAAUAUUUGAUUGAAGUAUUCCAAAUGGUUGUUCGUAUUCCAAAUGGUUGUUCAUGCUCCUAUGUCCUAUAAUCACAUGAAGCAGCAGACUGGAAAUUCUUUAUGUCCCAGUGUUCUUGCUGUAAGUUGUUUAGCUUCUAGUGAAAAUGUACAAACAUUCAAUCUUUCAAGCUUUCCUGAAUCAUCCACAAGCGCUGUUAUAUUAUCUUCUAUUUUUCCUUUUUUUCUUUUCACUCUUGUAUCAUCAAGUAGAGCUGUAAUGUAAUAUGCUUUUAAAAUUAUCCAAACAAUGCAAUUGUCUUCUCUGUGUUCAGCCCCCAGGGCAACUUACAAACACCGACUGGAAACUUUAAAUAUUUGUUGCUGUGAGGGAUGAUAGGUGGUAAUUGUAUAAUGUUGCAAGUUUAUGUUUUUCA